CUUUGAUUUUUUUGGGGAGGGCUCCAAAUCCGUUGCUGAGAUUCUCAAGAUCUAAUUUACAUGGCUUCAUUAAGGUUUUUCCCGUUGUUACUGGUCUACGUUUCUCCGUUUCUUAGCCUCUGUUUCGCCGGAGAUCCUUUUGUUUCCUACGACUGGACGGUUUCUUACAUCACCGCCGCACCAUUAGGUGUUCAACAGCAGGUGAUAGCGAUUAACGGAAAGUUUCCGGGUCCUAUUGUUAAUGUCACUACCAAUAACAAUGUUGUAGUUAAUGUGCUCAACAGAUUGGACGAAGAUCUGCUCUAUACUUGGGAUGGCAUCCAACACCGUCGUAAUUCUUGGCAAGAUGGUGUUCUCGGCACUACUUGUCCUAUCCCCAAGGAUUAUAACUGGACUUACCAGUUUCAGGUUAAGGAUCAGAUCGGGAGCUUCUUCUACUUCCCAUCUCUCAAUUUUCACAGAGCCGCGGGCGGCUAUGGUGGCAUUAUUAUUAAUAACCGGAACAUUAUAUCCCUUCCCUUCGCCACUCCGGAUGGAGACAUCACAAUCUUGAUCGGCGACUGGUACAACCGAAACCAUACGGAUCUGAGGAAGACCCUUGAUGCUGGAAAGAGCCUUGGCAUGCCAGAUGGAGUUCUCAUGAAUGGGAAGGGUCCUUACAGAUACAACACCACACUCGUCCCUGACGGCAUUGACUAUGAAACUUUCGAAGUAAAACCAGGGAAAACUUACCGCCUUCGUGUCCAUAAUGUUGGAAUCUCGACUAGUUUGAACUUCAGGAUCCAGAACCAUAACCUGCUUCUUGCAGAGACAGAGGGAUCAUACACAACGCAACAAAAUUACACUAGCUUAGAUAUUCAUGUUGGGCAGUCUUAUUCUUUCUUGAUAACCAUGGAUCAGAACGCAAGUACAGAUUAUUACAUUGUAGCAAGUGCUAGGUUUGUGAAUGAGUCUCUUUGGCAAAGAGUCACGGGUGUUGCCAUCUUGCACUAUACGAAUUCCAAGGGUAAAGCCGGUGGCCCUCUCCCAGACCCACCAAAUGAUUUUUAUGACAAGACAUUUUCAAUGAACCAGGCAAGAUCUAUCAGGUGGAAUGUGUCUGCUAGUGGUGCACGUCCAAACCCUCAAGGAUCUUUUAGGUAUGGCUCAAUAAAUGUGACUGAUAUAUAUGUGCUGGAGAACAAGCCAUCCGUGAUGAUUAAUGGGAAUCGCCGGGCAACACUCAGCGGGAUCUCAUAUGUUAAUCCCACUACACCAAUCAGGCUUGCUGAUGAUUACCAUUUGAAGGGAGUAUACAAGCUAGAUUUCCCCAAAAGGCCACUUACUGGGUCACACCGGAUGGAAACAUCAGUAAUUAAUGGUACUUAUAGGGGUUUUAUGGAAGUCAUAUUACAGAACAAUGACACAAUAGUCCAGAGCUACCACAUGGAUGGUUAUGCAUUUUUUGUGGUUGGGAUGGAUUAUGGAGAAUGGUCAGAGAACAGUAGGGGUACAUAUAAUAAAUGGGAUGGAAUUGCUCGAAGCACAAUACAGGUUUUCCCCGGAGCUUGGACAGCUAUCUUAGUUUCCCUUGACAAUGUUGGAGUUUGGAAUCUGAGAACAGAAAACCUAGACUCGUGGUAUCUUGGCCAAGAAACUUAUGUCCGUAUUGUCAAUCCAGAGGCCAACAACAAGACUGAGUUGCCCAAGCCAGACAAUGCCUUUUAUUGUGGCCAACUAUCGCAUUUGAUGACGUAGAAAGCAAACCCGGCGUCUUUUGCGUCAUCCAUCAAAGUGGGAAGAUCAAAGCUGCUAGUCACGCUGCAGAUGUUCAUCCUUGUUGCCAUUUUUAUUUUCCAUUAACCUUCUCCUGUGGUGUUAGAAUCUCUGAUUAUGACGGUUAUGAGUUUUCUUCUUCGUGUUUCUUGUGGGAGAGAUGCUGCUUGGAGGACUUUUUCAUAGUUGUAAGUGUUUAGGUGUGCAAAACUAGCCUGUCAAUAUGAAUUUUCGUGGUGAUUUUGACCUGUAUGUUUUUCGUCCAUUCUAUUUGUAUGUCACCCCAGUUCCUUGUAAAUUCAAGUUAUUGGGGGAUCUGUCAUUCUUUUCUACCUUAAAUUUGUGUACUGAUGAUCAUUCACCAACUUUCAAUACUAGCUAAUGUUAAUUGUUUC